AUGAAACUCCCGCGCUUGGACGAGAACACGCCGCUGGCGCCGCAGGAGGCUUCGCCGUCGACGUCGCGAUCGAUCGCCCGCGCGGCGACGCGCGUCGUCGCCGCGAUCGCGGUGCUCGCCGCGUUCGCGGCCGCGGUCGUCUCGACUCGAGGGGGCGAUUUCGAUUUCAACCUCGCGGGCGCGCUCCCGUCCUUGGGCGCUCAGGGCGCGAGCCCUCCGCGGUUCUUGACGAAGCGCCAUCUUCGCCACGCGAUCGAGCACUGCAUGAAACUCGGCGAUCUGAGCCACAAGUGCAAGUCGAUGCGCGACUGGGACGUGUCUUUCAUCACGGACAUGAGCGGCGUCUUCGCGGGCUUCGCCGACUACAACCCCGACGUCUCCAACUGGAACACCGCGCAGGUGACGUCCACGGCCGGGAUGUUCAGCGGCGCGAGCGGGUUCGACGGAGACUUGGGCGCGUGGGACAUGCGCGGCGUCGUGGACAUGAGCGGGAUGUUCCGCGGCGCGACCGCGUUCACGGGGAGAGGGUUGGAACGUUGGGACGUCGGCGGGGUGAAGGACGCGACGAUGACGUUCCGCGGCGCGAAGUCGUUCGUCGCGGACAUCUCCCAGUGGAACGUCGCGAACGUCGUGCACAUGGACGGCAUGUUCGAGCAAGCGACCGCGUUCGACGUGGACUUGAACCCCCCGAUGAGCAUGUGGGACGCGUGCAAGGCGACGCGCGAGAAGAUGUUUGAGGGCGCGACGAAGAUGGAGGCGGACGCGUCGAAACAGCCGAGGGAGAGUCAGCCGGGGUGCGGCGUAUCGCCGCCGCCGCCGCCGCCGCCGCCGCCGACCGAGGGCGAUCAGGAUGAAGAUGAAGAUCAAGAGGAUCGAUGA